AUGCUUUCUAAGACCUUUCUCAGCUGCAUAAGCCUCCUCGCCGCCUAUGGCACAUUUGCCGCAGCCAACGGACAAGAACAAAAACCUGAAGCGUUGAUCCUUUACAACGCCACCUUGCCAGCUAAUGGUACCGCCACCCCACAGAGCCUCGUCUACACCACUUGGAAUCAAAACCUCACACUGACCGGUAUCUCGGCAACGUCUAUGCUAGCUGCUGGAGGAAAUGCAAUGGCAGAUCUUGGAUAUAGCUGCGUCUUUGCAAGUGGCGGCAACCCAGGCGGCGUUCAUACUAUUUCUCUAGACGGCCCACCAUCCAAUCUGGCAACGAACCCGGUCGAAAUCAAAUGGAUCUGCUGUGGUGACUGUGCCGCUGGCAAAACUGCAGGAGGGAAUGACACGACUUCCACAACCACUGGACAGCCAUCCACCACACGGCUGGUAGCAAGCACCGGCACUCCAAGACCAACAGGGAACUCUACGACCAGCGUGCCGAGAGCCUCAAACACUCCUUCCGCCUCGUCAAUAGCAACCACAAAUGCUGGCGCUGUCACUGGAGUUGGCUUAGCCUCAAUAAUGAGCACGCUGUUCAUCGGCUCAAUAAGUUUGGCCAUUUGA